GUCCAAGGAAUGUUGGCGACACUGGUCCAACUGUCAUAUAACGACGUAUAGAUUUGGUGAUGUUUACGUUUUCUAAAAUAGUAUUCAAUUAAAAUUUUUAAAACGUUUUGGAGAAAGCCGGCCGAAAAACUAUAAAUUAUAUAGUUACAAGGACAAUGGUUGCUUCUACAAAAUCAUCACUUAUAAUGGCAAGCCUUUGUUGCUUGGUGUUAUUAUCUUCUAUACAUACUUGGAAAUCUCUUCUCGCCUCUACUAGUCAUCACACCCUACUUGGAGGACUGCUAGGAUCUCUACUCUUCACCUUUACUUUAACUGUGAUAGGAAAUUUGGAAUCUUUGUAUUUUGGAAAGUAUUAUACUAUGGGGAUCUUUCCAGAAAUAUUGUUAGCUUUAUUACUAGCAGUAUCUGCUGCCACAAGUAUUCAUAGAGUAGCUGGUACAUCUUGCUUCCUACUAUCCAUGUUGGCACUAUAUUACAUUAAUGAUUACUCUCAGAAAUACUAUGAGGCACCUACCGUCCAAGUUGUCUUAACUACUAAGAAAAAAAAGAACUUAUGAAACCGUAGAAAAAGGAGUGUCUCCCUUCAAUCCCAGUCAGAUUGAGGUUUGAUAAAUAUCAACUUUCCAUUAAUUGUUUAUAUAAAAAUUUUGAAUCACAUAUUCAUAUGAAAUAUAUAUAGUAUUCAAUAUACAUAUAAAGUAACCAUUUGUGAAUCUCCAUAAUGUUAUGUUGCCCAGUAAGAUUUUAUACUUUUAUAUAUAUUUUGGUUUAAUUAUUGUGUUUUUUCUUUGAAUAUUUCAGAAGUAUAUUUAUUUAUAAUUAUAUAUUUUGAAA